GCGAUACCCGAACGCAGCGGCGACAGUCAGUUCCAUCCGUGUUCGCCGCGGGGGUAUUUAUCGCCUCCUGCCCGGUGUUGUGCUUUCUCUCUCCUCCUCAUUCCGGCGAAGAAAUAGCCAGAGGAGAGAGAUUCAUUCAGAGAGUAAAUAGGGGGAAACUCACGCUCUCUCCCCCUCUCUCUCACUCUGUCUCUCUUUUGUGACUUACACCGUGUUCGAUUCCGCAGCGGAGUCUUCGCCGAAGGGACGCCACCUACCCAUUCCUCACCCGACGGAUUCGCCAUGAAGUCGGGGUCCCUGGCGCUCGCGGUGUUCCUCCUGCUGGGGAUGGCCACCUGCAGGGCCCGCGCCGAGACCGAGGUGGAGACGGAGGUGGAGCUCGAGGGAGAGGAGAUCGUCGACAGAAACAACAGCCACUGCAACUGGACGGUCUCCAUGGGCCCCAUUUGCAUCUUCAACAACACGGACAAGCUGGUCGUCAUCCCGAAGGGCCUGAUGCUCCACGCCGGCCAGAUGGAGAUCGAGGUCCACCAGGCAAAGGCACUCCACGUGUACCCUACCUGCGUGUCGUGGAUCCAGGUGUUCUCCGUCGGACUCAUUACCACGCUCGGCGACUCGGAAGAAGGCUGCCGGACGUGGCUGCGCAUCUACGACUCGCAGGUGGAGACGGUCUCUCACGGGGUGAAGGACCUGACCCUCAUAAACAGCCACGCGAACCUCAUCAUGCUGCAGAACCAGCGAGACUUCAUGGCCGUCAACUCGACCAUCAAAGCCAUCGGCGCCCUGGACUGGAUCGGCUACAGGGGGACCAUCCAGAACUCCCAGCUGGAGUUCGUGAGCAACGUCGAGGCCAACGACAACCUGUGGAUCAUCGGCAGCCACAUCGGCCACAUCUCCUACGACGGGAUCGUGUUCAACGCGGCCGAGCUCAUCAUCACCAACACCACCAUCGGCCGCGUGUCCAGCCAGGGCCUCAAGAUCAAGCGCGGGGCCGUCACCAUCAGCAACGUCACCAUCGACUACCUGGACGAGAGCGCCAUCAACGUGACGUCCUCGGAAGGCUUCCUGUCGCUCAACAACAUCACCAUCACCUACGCCGUCGCCUCGGCCAUCGUUCUCGCGGAUCGAGAGCGGAUCUCCCUCAAGAACGUGACGGUCGACGGCGUCCUGCUCAACAUGUCGUCCAGCUACCUGCAGUUCCUCGAAGACGAUUACACGCCCGGGAAGAAUGUCUCCGUGCAGCUGGGCGAGGACGUCGAGGGCUGCGAGGUGGAGGACAACACGCUCUUCUGCAACUUCACGGACUUGGACAAGCCCGUCGAGGUGUUCGCCGAGAACAUCCGUGGCUUCAGCGAAGUCAAGGUCCGGAACGCGAGGAGCCUGCAGGUGUUCUCGGCGCCGUGCGACCAGACGCUCGACCUGGACUACAUCCAGGGCGGGUCCGUGGCCCCCCUGCAGAGCGUCGAGGCCGCCGAGGGCGACGCGGGCGGGCGCCAGGCGUGCGACGUGACGCUCGUGUUGCGCAACUCGGAGCUGGACAAGAUCGACUGCGCCUUCGUCACCGCCGUCGAGCUCACCAACUCGACGGUCAAGAGGCUCCACGGCGGCACGCUCAAGACGCUCAACCUGCGCAACGUGGCCGUCAACCAGCUGGACAACCUGAACAUCACGGACGAAGGCAGCCAGUGGCAGGUGGUGGACUUCCACACGAUGGUCAACGUGACUUUCAUGUCCCCCGUCGAAGUCAACGACAUCCACGUGGGAGUCAGGAUCCACCAGAUCGAGUUCGACCACGAGGGCGCCACAUCCACCUUCUCCAAGAUCCGAUUGGCGUCCCUCCUGCGGCAGAGCAUCCUCCUGAGGCGCGGCAACGUCACCUUCAACAGUAUCCUAACGGUGGUGAUCUCCGAGGGCGCCGUCAGACUGGAGGAGGGGACGUACCUCGAGCUCACCAACUUCUGGUCGGUGCUCAGGUCGUUCCGGGUCAUCUCCGUGGCGUCGAGGGACCAGGUGGUGGUCAAGACGUCCUCGCAACUCAGCUGGAUCGACAUGCUGCUCCACGUCCGGCUGCCCCCGCCAUCCUCAGUGGCAGAGGCCUACACCAUCAACUCGAGCGUGUUUUCGGCCUACUGCAUGAAACACACGCUUAUGAUCCAGGUGUGCUCCUUCGCCGAUUACCCCGGGGCUGAAGUGAAUCUUGACAUGCCUCGACGUGAAGAAGUGUUCCGCACGUUGAUACACAGUGCAGCGAAGGUCAACAUUUUCCCCUGUUGCAUCGAGAAGCUGAUUCUGCGCAACGUGACGAGCGCCUCGACCUACGACGGCGAGGCCCCCUGCGCCACGUGGCUGGAGGCGACCAACGUCACCUUCGAGAACAUCACGACGGGCGUGAACGACGUCACCCUGCACAACUGCACGGUGGAGCUGCUGGCCACCGACCACAAGCUGCGAGACAUCGACCUCUUCAACACCCGCGUCCGGCGCAUCCGCGGGAUCCACUGGGAGGGCUACACGGGGAUCUUCAACAACUCCCGCCUGGACGAGGUCGAGGGCCUCCUCGCCUCCAGCAGGAUGAUGAUGUCCGAGACGCACGUGGGCGUCCUCCUGCACGACGGCCUGACGAUCGCCGCCGACGCCGUCAUCGCGAACUCGACGAUCGGCGAGGUGCACAAGGGCGGCAUCACCGUCAUGGGCAUGCUCAACAUCCAGGACGUGACCAUCGCGUCGCUCGCCGAGGGCGCCAUCGUCGUCACCAAGGGCCUCCUGCUCUUCGAGAACGUCACCAUCGAGGCGGCGGAGCGCGAGAGCAUCGUGGCGCUGCGGGGCGGCGGCGUCGCCUUCCGCAACGUGAGCGUGGGCGGCAAGCGGGUCACGUGGACGGGCUACCUGGCGGACGCCGACGCCUCCAACCACUCCGUCGUCUUCGUCAACGAGGAGCGAGACGGCGGCCAGGGGGGCAAGGCCACGACCGCCGAGGCGCCGCGCAGCACGCCUCCCGAGUCGACGAAGCCGGCGACGCCCGCGCGGAGGCCCGCGUCGACGCCGCCCGCUCGCCCCGACGAGAAGAGCGAGUCCCUCGGCUCGCAGGAGAAGGCGAUCUCGCUGGAGGAGUCCUCGUGGAAGUGGGCGGGAGCGGGCGUCGGCUUCUUCAUCGGACUCCUGGCCGGCGGCUGCAUCCUCUUCGUCGUCAAAGUGCUCAAACCGAACAAAGGGAUGCUGUCCUUACCUACGGUCUUCUGGCGAGUCAAGGACGACCAGCACGGACUCCUGAAUGAGGACGCAAGCCCCGAGGUUCCCGAACAGGUCAGGGACUCGGGCUAUCGCAGCGUCCCAGCCUCUGACGUGUUAUAGGACGGUCACAUGAGGUUCCUUCUCAGGCCAUGGCGGAGUACUUGCAGGAUUGAUCCCUAACUGCGCUCAUACAGAAAAAAUCACUUCUCUUCAUUCAUAUUUUUCUACUCAUUUAUGUUUAUGUGAUUUUUCCUUUCCUAAUAACACCGGACGGCAAAGGCUUUAUCGCUUAAUGUCUUAUUAUAAAGCAUUCAGAAAUGGCCCAAGGGUGCUCGCGACGCCGAUUUAUCCCGCUAGAUGGCAGCAGGAGCAGAUUCUCCUGUUUUCUCUUUUUUCUUUGACUUUUCGUCCAACUUCUUUAUCCUUGUCAGCUAUUUCUUUAAAAAUGUAUGUUUAAAGUAUAAGGUUACUUGAUAUGACAGUUACUUUUUGCUCAAUUGUUAAUUUGUAAGUAAAACGUGCCAUUGACUGAAUAUCUUAUCCAUCCGCCAGAGUCGACGAGAUACACAAUAAAAGAAUAAUCAUUCCAAAAAAAGAAAAGAAAAAAAAAAA